AUGAGUGCCUACGACUUCAACCUGGCCAGCAAUGGCGCCAUGCUGCCGACACCGCACCAACAGCAGCAGCAACAAUCACAGCAACAGCCUGAAGGUGUUCGACCACCGCCCAAGCGUCGCAACCGUAAGGCCGUCUCGUGUGUCUCUUGUCGAGAGAAGAAGAUCAAGUGCGAUCGUGUCGUCCCCUGCAACCAGUGCAUCAAACGUGGCGAACAAGACCAAUGUCGUAUUGAGCAAAAGCCCAAAAUUGUUCACGAUCACGCCCACUCGCACAACGCAUCCUCGCUUCAGCCUCAGUCCAACUAUGUCGACCCUCUGUCGCCCGGAUCUGCCGCAUAUACCCAAUUUAGCGCCGCCAUCUCUACUGCGAAAGAUCAGGUCAAUGCCGCCCAGUCGAGCGGCAGCCCACCGCCCGCAGAGGUCGAGGCCAUAAAAGCACGCCUCGCGCAGGUUGAAGCUUUGCUCGCGGGUCAGAUGCCUCUGUCCAGUGCCAAUGCCCUAGCGCCCUCCUCGCCGGCCGGUUCCUCCAACUGGAAUGCGUACAGGUCCUCCGGCAGCUCCGCCCCAGCCGAGCUCGAUCUCUCGCGCAUCAACUCUCACAGUCCCUCAAGCUCUUUCCCUGGCUCGCAUCACCACUCGUCCACAUCGCCGCAUGACCCAUCAGAGGAAACAGAUGACAGCGACCAAGACGAUGACACCGCUCCGUCCAGCCCUCGUGCCGACAGCCGCAGGGUCUCGCCUUCCAACCGGCUCAGGACAGAUCAGAUGCCCAUCUCGAGAAGGGAGAUGGAUAGCGACACGGAAGAUGCAGCCACCGUCCUCGAACGCCUCGCUAUGGACGGUUCUUCCGAGAGGUGGAAUUCCGCCACCAGCGGUUGUCCAAGUCAGAAUGCUGGCUCUGAGACCGCCACCGGUCAGAAGUUUGAGCGAUGCAAGGAGGUAGAGAUGCAAGGCCUUGCAACUGGAGACAAGUUCGAGAGAUGUCUGCAGAAGGACAAGGAGGUCGGUAUCAUGUCUUUGCAGGACCAUGCACCGAUCAACGCCACGUCGUGCCCGUCUCAGACCCAAUCCCCAGACAGUGUCGUCUCGCUUCCAGCUCCAGGUGGGCAUGGUGCUGCCGGCAUGCUACUUCCGCCGCUCUCGAGAGCUCAAGACCUCGACGCAAACGGUGACGGUCAUCCCUCUUGCGCUUGCCGCGAACCCAACGUUGAGGACGACCCAUCAACACACAAGCACGACCACACGCAAGCCUACGAAUGCCUCAAGAAGAACGAACCCUUAUCUAAGGAACCAUCUCCGAUCACAGUCCCGUGUAAGCUUGCGUGCGAGAACAAGGGUCUCUUUCGUCUCAAGAGUGGUCCCGAGACGCUCUUUGGUUGGGGCAUGGGUUGGGCCUGGUCUGCCGGCGAGAUUCUCGUUCAGCAAGAUCAGCAGAAAGCCAAACAGGAGGGCAAGACCUUUGUCUCCGGUCCUCGCACCGAACGCGAGGCUGUGCUGCGUGCAAUCUGCGAAAGUCUCCCUUCCAAGCAGAUGGCGUAUCAGCUCAUCGAAGUCUACGAGUCGCGCGUCCGCUACCUCUGCGGUCACGUCGUUCACGUGCCGUGCCUCAAGCGAGAGAUGGAAGCUUUCUACGCCCUCGACUCGACCGAAAAGCGCGCUCGGGUCGUCAACCACGUCGAUCCCGGCUGGCUCGGCAUGUUCCUCAUGGUUCUCGCUCUGGGUGUCCGUUUCUAUCCCUGCACUCCCAAAGCCGGGUGGCAACCGGCCAGCCACCUCUUCGAUGGCAAGACCAUCCACGCAUGGCACUCGGCGGCCAAGUCCUGCCUCGUCCUCGCAAAUUACCUCAACUCGACCAGCAUGAGCGUCAUUCAGGCCAUCUUGCUCCUCUGCCUCUUCAGUUCUGUCUCUGCGUCCAACUGUGGCGGUGAAGCCGACUCCGGCUCCACCAACAUCGCUCUUCUUCGUGUCGCUAUCACCAACGCUCAGGAGAUGGGUUUGCACCGUCUCGGUGACCUUGACAAGCAGCCUCAGCCGAAUGAAGCUUCCUCCAAGAUCAUUCGUAGAGAGAUCGCCAAGCGAAUUUGGUGGGCGCUCGUCUUCCGCGAUUGGAGCGGCGCCGGUACCGGCUGCUCGAAGGAUUACGUUGUCCGGGCUGAGCACUUCAACACGCCACUUCCAGGCAACUACAACGACGACGAUCUCAUGUCUACGCCGCUGCCUCCGCCUCGACCCCGCGAAGAGUUCACCGAGAUGUCGUACGUUCUGUCCAACCUCGAGUUUGGCAUGGUGGUCAGGGAGGACGUCGAUGUUCGAUUCCGUCGCGAACUGCUGACAGCUACCAACGGUGGCGACCGUCGCUUGACCUGCGUCGAGGCGCAAAAGCUCGACGUAAUGUACCGCAGCGUUCUCGAGCAUGCUCCUAGCUUCUUCAGGGUCGGAUCCGAGAUUGGUCGAGUCACAUGUAUCGAAGUGCAGCGCUGGUUGCUGCAGCAGGCCGUUUUCAGCAAGCUGCUCCGCAUCCAUCGACCCAACCUGUCGAGCCGAAAGGAGUCGCGCACCAAUUGUGUGCUUCUGGCCCGCUCCAUUCUCGACAUGCAAAAGAAGAUUCGAUCGACGUGCACGGUCAUCGACCGUCUUUGGGUCAACCUCAUGCAGAGCUUCUCGGCAGCCAUUGUUCUCGCGCUCCACUUGCUUCACACGCGACCCACCUCAGAGCACCGUGUUUCGGUGCGAUCCGAGAUCUUGGAAGCCAUCCGCGCUCUCAAGCAGGUCGACGGCAGCGAUUGCGCUGCAAAGAAAUGCAUCCGUGUCAUCGAGGCGCUACUCGAGGAAGAAGAAGAACGAUGGCAGGCUGGCAACGCAGCACUCGCACGCAAGGACGGCAGUGCGCCACAAGAGGCAGUCAAGCCCAAGCGCAAGCGUCAGAUGGACGUCGACGGUGGCGAUGACGAGGCGAUGGCUGUCAAUGGCGGUGGUCGCAGAAAGAACCUGCUAAGCCUCGCUCAGAGGGUUGCGCAGGCCACCCGCGAGGACAGCUCUUCUCAGCAGCGCCAGAGUCGUGCUGCCGCUGUCCCCACGGACGACCCUUCCAAACGUCAAGCCACCUUGGCCGCGGUCCGAUCCGCAUCAGGCUCUCAGAACAACGCUGCGCUCGAGGUGAACGGCGUUACAGCGCUCAAGGACGAUGCUUCCCUGUUCCUCAUGAACAACACCACGCUGCCGACUUCCGGACCUAGCCCGCUUCCGAGCUCCGGCGGAAAUGCGAACGAGGUAUCGUUCCCUCAAAUGCUGCACACGAUGCCGUUCCCGAGCAACCUGUUCAACUUAGACAGCGCAGAUGCUUCGCAGCGCAUUGUGCCGCCCAACGGUGCGGAUCUGAUGCUCAACAAUCCCAUCACGCCGCCCGGUCAGACGUUCGAUCUGGCUGCUUUCCUGGAGCAGGUCACCAACUCGCCCGGCAGCUCCACCGACUUCAGCAUGUCUUCCGGCAAUGAGGAGCGCUCCGGUUCGACUUCAUCGGAUGUCUCUGGCUCGGCAUUCGGCGGCAGCACCGUCAGCAUCGGCGAUGCUACCGACAACACGAGCGUUUCCAGCUUCGGCGAGCCGCUCCUAACUAAGGAAGCCAUCCGUCGACAGCAACAGCAUCUGCAAGCCAAUACGACGGGCACUGUCCUUGGCAGCAACGCGCCCGCCCGUCAGGCUGAUAACGCGGCUGCGUGGACUACGCAAGCUAGCUCGCCCGCUAGCGCUCGUCCCGACCCGACCACCGACAUGGACUCGUUCUGGAACUGGAUCAUCACGCAAGGUGCCAACGGCAUCACUGCCCCUACGACGGCACCGGCCAAUCCGACGCAAGCUGCGCCUGUGCUGGUGCAGCCUCCGUCCUCUUCUGCCUACAGUAGUAGUGGUCUGCCCGUAUCGAGCGAGACCACCUCGGAAGCAUCCCACAGGCAGGCACCUCAGACUAGGCAGUACGCAGCAGCUCCGUCCACCUUCCCACCCACGCCUCAGUCUGUCCACAGCGGCCUCACACCAUUCCUCGGUCCCAACGGCUUCUUCAACGGCACCAAUGCCGAACCGAGAGGUACGAACGGCUAUCCUACUCCAAGCUCGCUCGCGUCCACCUCGACGCCCCCCUCCAAGUUCGGCGCAAGCGGCAACUUCGAUGCAGCACCCAUCCUCGCCGCAACACCGGAAGCGCAGAAGGGUGCGGGCGCUGCAACCGGUGCCAUGUCUGUAGGAACGCCCAGCGCAGGAUUCGGACUGGAAGCAUUCCUAGGCGCCCCGCUGUACGAUUUCACCGACUUUGCCAACGCCUGGACUGCCUCGAACCCGGGCAGUGGUGCGCCGGUGGGCUCGAGCAUGGGUCCGAUCUCUGAUCCGUAA